AUGGACCAGUUUUUGUCCUUUAUUGGUGUCCAAGCCGUGAAAUAUGCUAUCAGAUCAGGUAUUGUCCUGACUUCCAACUACGCCUUGAACCAAUGUUCACGACUUAUUUCCACCCUUGAUGACCGAGACCUUGAAGGAGAGCUGAAGGAAUAUCGGGGCCUCCUUGAAAGUCAUCUUAAGGUCAAAACUCUUGGACGGGUUUUCGAGGACGUGGCACUAGUUGCCGAAAGCGUCAACAGUGGUGGAAAGGACAAUCAGAAAAAGUCGGAAAGUAAGGAUGCCGAGCAUGGCAUACGACAUGUCAUUGAAGAAACCAAGUCACUUCUAGACCGCAUCGUGCGGGACCUUCCACUUCUGCAGCUCGCCAUCACUGCUUCGGGGGAAUCUUUAUCGACAUCUAUUCCCUCCACAAUAUCUCCGUCAAGAUUGCUUCAGGCCAGUACAUUCAUUGCAAUGGGAGAUUGGGAAUACGCGCAGUGCCCUAGGACAGUACAAAUCGGCCCUGCCUUUAGCCUUUCUCUGUACAUGCUUUUUAUCGCCCACGCUCCCGUUGGAAGUAUAAAAGGCUCGAAUCCUUGUCGAGCAGACGCCUACGGUCUUGGCGAAAACGACAGAAAGCCGAUAUGGCAGGAGGUCAUCCACAAAGCUUACGUGCGCCUCUAUCGAUACACAACCACAGAAGAUGGAGAUCAAAUGUGUAGUUGCAAGACAGGGGUCACCUCCCCGUGUAUAUGCGAGCGGAAGGGGUAUCGCUACAAGCUGGAAAUCCAGGAAGAUCUCAAUGACGGUCGAUUGCAUUGCGACAAUGAUGAAACUAAUCCGAGUGCUGGUGAUAAUCUUUCUCAAUGCGAAUGCAUUCGUGUCGCGGAAAUCUGCAAACUGUUCUACACGGACAAGGCGAAACUUCUCAAUAUCGGAGAUGCCAGUGGGGAGGAUGUGCGCCCUAUUUUGCUUCUCAAAAGGGAUGUGGAACGCAGUCAGCAAACUACUCUUGGAGAGGAUUCCGUCGACAGCUUCGCUGGUUAUAAAACAGAGGGCCGAAGACGGAAUAAACCUUCAGAAGACUACGAUCUCAAUGAUAGACAUGUACCACAAAGCUUCCUAUCCACUUCUGCGAGCCAUGAUACGAAGAAGCUCAGAUUUCUGUCUGACUUGCCGAAGCACCUUGAUCCCGAAUGGCUUGCCUUUGAGAUGUUUGCGGAAGCUAGUGACGUUGACAGUGCGGUUGGCGGAGAGGACAAUGGUGAAGAUGAAAACCUUGAGAAUUCCGAGCACGUGGAUACCUCGCGAUUCAAAAACAUAGUCGGUGGCAUAGACCGUUCCGAGGAUGCUUCAGACCAUGCUUCGACGCUGGACAGUAUCAUUUCAUCAAAAAUGGGGCUUGUAUCGGUGAACUCGAGCACUCAUAACGGCCAAUCCGCAGAGAAUGAGGCCAUGUUGUCAGGCUUGCAGGGCUUCAAGAAUAUCAGCAAAGACCUCACCUUUCUAUACCAGAUCAUAUUCUGA